AUGGCGCUGUUCGUUUGGUGGCGGUCGCAGUCGAGCCAGACAUCACCGGAGAAGGCGUUCGGCUCGAAACCUACCAUCACCGAGGAGGACCUGACCUCGGCCGAAGGUCCCAGCCAGCAGUACUGGGAGGUGCUGGCCGAGAAGCGACGCGCCGCCCUCCAGGAAUCCCUCUCGGAGAACAUGGACCUGUACGAGCAGCUUUCGUCGCUCAAGGAGGAACUCAGCACGUCUAAACAGAUGCUGCAAGAAUCGCGCAAUAUCGUCGAAGUGCUGACCGAGCUGCUGCAGGAGGACGAAGCCGAGAUAGAGCUGCGUUUGGGAAGCACGGCGGCGGAACUAGCCUGGAAGAUGACAGCGGCGUUGUGCCGGAAGUACCGAGCGACAGCGACGACGAUUCGCUGAUGCUGCUCACUGCCAGACCUUCAUUCAUGACCUAAGGUGUCGGUCGCGAUUUGCGGCUAAUCUCUAGCCAACCGUAAGACAUGUUCAGGAAACGGGCGGAAGGACGAGUAUGGUUAGAUUCCGGAAGGAGGCCUGCU